AUGUCUAAACGUAUGUAUGUCAUACAAAGUCAUAAACUGCUGUCCUCUUCUCUGAUAGUUUCACUGAACUUGACAGACUCACUAAAGCUAUCUCUAGCUCUUGACGCGUUUCGAAAAGACAACUGUGCUUCAACCACAAUAACAGCAACAAAAGCAUUAACUAUACUAACUUCAACUAAAGCAAAAACUUUUACAACACAGCUGAGUUACUCGAACUUUGCUGUGUCUUUGCUCGUAAACUUUGCAGUUAAAACAAAGAACUCAUCGACAGCACUUGAGAAUAUUGUUUCGAAAUAUCCACCAAUUAAACAGCAGCAACAACAACUACAAUAUUAGAGGCAACAACAAAGUAGUA